UUGGCCCUACAGUGGGAGGCGGGCCUGUCCAAAGUUUCACAUCUGGAAGUGCUUGCUGCUGCUCAGUCGCUCAGUUAGGUUGAGUGGAAUAACACCGGCAAAGAGAAGAUGUCCUUCAUAAAAGUAGAUGCAUCGUCUGAUUUCUCUUUCCACAACCUCCCUUAUGGAAUAUUCUCCACGCCUGAUAAUCCCAAAUGUCGCAUUGGAGUUGCCAUUGGAGACCAGAUACUGGACCUCAGUGUGAUAAAGUCUUUGUUUCGAGGGCCUGUGAUUUCCAAACAUCAAGAUGUGUUUGACCAGCCCACGUUGAAUGAUUUCAUGGCUCUUGGUUAUGAGGCCUGGAGGGAGGCCAGGAGGACCUUGCAGGGCUUGCUGUCAGCCAAUGAGAGCACACUGAGAGAUGAUGUCAGCCUUCGGAGCAGAGCAUUUGUCCACCAGAGCACAGCCAUCAUGCACCUUCCUGCAGACAUUGGCGAUUACACCGACUUCUACUCGUCCAAAGAUCACGCCACCAACGUUGGCAUCAUGUUCCGGGGGAAGGAGAAUGCUCUGAUGCCAAACUGGUUGAGGCUUCCAGUGGGAUACCAUGGUAGAGCAUCAUCAGUGGUUGUUUCUGGGACCCCCAUCCGUCGCCCCUCAGGCCAGAUGAGACCUGACCAGACAAAACCUCCAGUGUUUGGCCCAUCUAAACAGUUGGACAUCGAGCUGGAGAUGGCCUUCUUUGUUGGAGGAGGGAAUCAGCUCGGGGAGCCUAUUCCCAUCAAGAAAGCUCAUGAACACAUCUUUGGCAUGGUACUCAUGAAUGACUGGAGUGCCAGGGACAUCCAGGCGUGGGAGUAUGUUCCUCUUGGUCCUUUCCUGGGAAAGAACUUCGGGACAACCAUCUCACCCUGGGUCAUCCCAAUGGAAGCACUGUUACCCUUUGCAGAGCCCAACUCCAUCCAGGAUCCAGAGCCUCUCCCCUACCUGCAACACCCUGAUGCUUUCACGUUCAACAUUAACCUGUUUGUGUCACUCAAAGGACAGGACAUGGUAGAGGCAGCAACCAUCAGCAAGUCCAACUUUAAGUACAUGUACUGGACCAUGAAGCAGCAGCUCGCCCAUCACACAGUCAACGGUUGCAACGUCAGACCAGGAGACCUGCUGGCUUCUGGUACCAUCAGUGGACCUGAUCCAGAGAGUUUUGGCUCCAUGCUGGAGCUGUCAUGGAGGGGAUCUAAGAACAUCGAUCUGGGAGGAGGAGAAACCAGAACCUUUCUGAAGGAUGGAGAUGAAGUUACCAUCACAGGUUAUUGUCAAGGAGAUGGAUACAGGGUGGGCUUCGGAACCUGCAUGGGAACCAUUCUCCCUGCCUUGCAGCAAUGAAACACGCUCACUGUUUUUUAAUGUAGGUGGGAAUCUUUUUGUGGAGCGUAAAUACUGGAAGACACAAAUGUACACGCCUACAGUAUCUCACCCACAUUUUAACCAUUUAUUUAUGUCCACAUGAAGAAAAUGGUACAGGGACACAAAUAUUACGGAUGCAGUACAAUACAUACGCAAACUCAUGGACCAGUGGCAUGCAGCAGGUCUACACACACACACACACACACACACACACACACACACACACACACACACACAUACACACACACACACACACACACACACGCACACACACACACACAAACUUUCUCUUAAAAUUGUGUUUCCAGCUUUAUAAUUGAUGAGUUUUUCUUAGAUUCCACUGUAGUCUCAGAGCUCUGUAGAGUUGUACAGUGACCUUGUUAUAGAAAUCUUCUGCAGUAUCAUCCAGCUGAGGGAUGCUCCCACAUCCAAUCCACAGUGUUACUGCUAUACCAGGAUCAGUGUUAUUGAUGUUGUAUAUGUGUUGGCUCCUGAUUUAUAAUGAAAAUCAUCAAUUUUUAAUCUCAGUGUCUGUCUUUUGUUUUUCUGUCGACUCACUGGGCCCAUCAGAUGGCUGUGGUCUAAUCACAGCUGCAUUCAGAAUUUUUUUCUGAAAUGACUUACUCAUUUUGUGACAUAUUUGUUAUUAAUUUAAAGUAUAAGCCUGGUAAUAUUCUAAUUUCCUUUUUCUUAU